AUGCGUAGUUCUUCGGCUUUGGCGGUCGGCCUGCUGGCGCCUCUCGGCGUCGCCUGGCCCCUGUCCUUCAACGGUAUUCUCAAAAAACGCGCCGCGAGUUUCACACCUCUGCGGUUUACCAGCGAUGGGACUUUCCAGAUAUCGGUCUUUAAUGACCUGCAUUAUGGCGAGGGGCAAGGCACAUUCUCCGGGUGGUGGCAGGACUUCCUGUCCGACACGGUGAUGAACCUCGUCUUCUUCUACGAGGACCCACAAUUGGUUGUUUUGAACGGCGAUCUUCUCACGGGCGAGAAUGCCGAGUCCGUCAAUACUGCGACCGACAAGUUUGAGCAGAUCGCGGGCCGUGUCGAGGCCGCCAACUUACCCUGGGCAAGCACAUACGGCAACCACGACUCAGAUUACUAUCUUAGUAGAGAUAAUCUGUUUGCAAAGGAGAAGACUUACUCGAACAGUCUGACGCAGAACAUGUUGGCGGCCUCGGCAUCGACUACGGAUGUUGGUGUGACGAAUUAUUACCUGGAAGUGUUCGGCAGUGAUGCAAGUGACACGACACCGAAGUUGAUACUUUGGUUCUUCGACAGUCGAGGAGGGAACUACUUUCAGCAGGAAGACUCGAGCGGCUUGCCUGUCGGGCAACCCAACUGGGUCGAUCCAGCAGUUGCAGAGUGGCUCAGUACUAGUGCCGCUAACAUCACGAGCACCUACGGGGUCACAAUUCCCUCUCUCGCCUUUGUGCACAUCCCAGUGCAGGCGUUCCUCAAGUUUCAAAGCGCUGGCGUCGACGCAAACAAAGAACCAGGCAUCAACGACGACAACCCGUUGAGUCCACAGGGCGUUGCAUCCGGCCAAGGAGGGACGAAGACCGUGUACACCUACUCCAACCAGGACGUAGAAUUCAUGCAGGCCCUACUCCAGCUCGAAGGUCUGCAAGCAGUGUUCAGUGGCCACGACCACGGCGACGACUGGUGCUUCAAGUGGGACUCCCAACUCUCAGGGAUGACCCUGAAUGGCAACGGCCUCAACCUCUGCUUCGGGCGCAAGAGUGGCCAUGGUGGAUAUGGCAGCUGGACUCCUGGGUCGCGGCAAGUAAAAGUCAGUCUGGGCGAUGAUGGGGCUAUCGAGCCGGUAGAGACUUGGAUGCGGCAGGAGGGCAGCACGGUUAGUGGCAGGGUGACUUUGAACUCGACGUUUGGGACAGACAGCUAUUCAGCGGUUGCAGACACGGACUCGUGGGUCAGAUAA